GUCUCAUCCUGCUGCCUUGAUCACCUGCGCGCCACGGAGCUGCAGCCUGCGCAGACCCCCAAAGCUGUGCGCGCACUCGCUUGACACGGAAUUGGCCACCCCGGGAGAUGCUCCCAUUCACAAGCAGUCACCGCAAAGAGCCAAUCCCUGCUACUCAGAUGCGAGAGGCCUCCGAGACCAAAGGUGCGCUUCGCAAGAGAGCAGGGCCUCUCCACCUGAGCCCUCUGCUGGAAUAUCAUGCAGGAUAAUUAUGAGACGCUAAUCUCUCUGGCAGAAGAGAUGGCCAUCAGCCUUCCCCGGAUCACUGCGCUGGCCGACUCACAUCGCAGAGGACUGGCGUCAGCAGCAUUUCCACUUUCCAAACCUGACCUGCUCUCCUGGAUGGACCGAGGGGAAGACCCAUGGGUUCCAGAUUUUCAGGAGCCGGAGGGAAGGGAGAUGGCAAGUGAGUCUAGCCCAGGUGAUGAGCUGAGAAGGAAGAAUGAGGAUACCCAUCAGCAAGAGGCUUUGAGCAAGACGGACAUGCAGACAGAGAGCACCCUGGACAGGAGUCCAGUAGAGGGAGAGAGCCAGCCAGAAGGGAGACCGAGGCGCACAAAAGCAGCAGGAGGAAAGGCAGAGAAGGAAAAGCAGGCCGUGAGCGCUUCCAAACUCCUGUUGCCCUCUGGGAAGCCACAAGGGACCAAGAGGGGCCACCACUGCCUCGAGUGCGGCAAAAGCUUCAGCCAGAAGUCCAACCUCCUCAGGCACCAGAGGCUUCACUUGGACGAAAGGCCCCACAAGUGCGACGGGUGCGAGAAGAGCUUCUCCGAGGCCGAGGCCCUGGCCAAGCACCGGAAGUGCCACGCGGGCGACAAGCCAUACAAGUGCGAGGACUGCGGGAAGAGCUUCAGCUGGACCUCUCACCUGGAGCGGCACCGGAGGGUCCACACCGGGGAGAAGCCCUACGCCUGCAAGGAGUGCGGGAAGGCCUUCAGCGUUGGGUCGCACCUGGAGAGGCACCGGAGGAUCCACACGGGGGAGAAGCCGUACCAGUGCAAAGACUGCGGGAAGAGCUUCACCGUCAGCUCCACCCUGGCGCAGCACCAGAGGACCCACGCGGACGACAAGCCCUACCGGUGCGGGGACUGUGGGAAGGGCUUCAACCUCAGCGCCAACCUGGCCGCUCACCAGAGGAAGCACCUGGGCCAGAAGCCGUACGAGUGCCCCGACUGCGGGAAGAGCUUCAGCUUCACAUCCCACCUCGAGAGACACCAGAGGAUCCACACGGGAGAGAGGCCCUACCAGUGCACCGACUGCGGGAAGAGCUUCAGCCGCAGCUCCCACCUCUACAGGCACCAGCGGAUCCACACGGGCGAGAAGCCGCGCCAGUGCGUGGACUGCAGCAAGAGCUUCUACCUCAGCGCGGCCGCCCUCCAUCACCUCGGGACGUCCCCGGCAGGGGGCAGGGACCCCACCAAAUGCGCCGACUGCAGCCGCAAACGGGCCGCCCCCAACCCGCCCUCGCCGCCGCCUCCCUCGCCGCCGGCUUGCAGCGAGAAGCCCCACAAGUGCGCGGACUGCGGGAAAGGCUUCGGCCAGAGUUCGUCGCUGGUGAAGCACCAGAGGAUCCACACGGGAGAGAGGCCUUACCAGUGCCCAGAGUGCGGGAAAAAGUUCAGCUGGUGCUCGGCCCUCAUCAAGCACAAGAGGAUCCACACGGGCGAGAAGCCGUACCGGUGUGAAGAGUGCGGGAAGGCUUUCAGCGUCAGCUCCCACCUCGAGAGGCACCAGCGCGUGCACUCGCCCGACAGGCCCCACAAGUGCGACGAGUGCGGGAAGACCUACGGGGAGCUGGCGUCUCUGGUCAAGCACCAGAAAUCCCACGCGGCCGAGAGCAAGCGCUACGGGUGCUCCGACUGCGGGAAGAGUUUCAGCUGGAGCUCGCACUUGGAGAGGCACCGGAGGAUCCACACUGGGGAGAAGCCUUACGCCUGCGGGGACUGCGGGAAGAGCUUCAGCGUCAGCUCCCACCUGGACCGGCACCGGAGGAUCCACACGGGGGAGAAGCCCUACCGCUGCAACGAGUGCGGGAAAAGCUUCAGCGUCAGCUCCACCCUCCUGCAGCACCAGAGGACCCACUCGAGCGGGAAGCCCCACAAGUGCAAGGAGUGCGGGAAGCGCUUUGUGGCCGGCGCCCAGCUGCUGACGCACCAGCGGACCCACCGGGGCGAGAAGCCGUACGAGUGCGCCGCCUGCGGCAAGAGCUUCGGCUUCGUCUCCCACCUGGAGAGGCACCGGAGGGUCCACACGGGCGAGAAGCCGUACCAGUGCCCCGUGUGCGGGAAAUGCUUCAGCCGCAGCUCCCACCGCAACCGCCACCAGCGCACGCACGCGGCCAACCGGGCCCCCAAGGGAGGGGUGCGGGGAGGGGCCGAGGGUGGGAAAGGGGGCUCCAAGCGCUACAAGGAGCCGCCCCCGGGGGUUCCCGAGCCCGCUCUCUCUAUCAUGCCGCCCUGGUGGGGCGAGGGAGACAGGAACAGCAACCCGCCAGCUGCCAUCACAUGGCCCGAGGUCCCAACUCCCUUCCAAAGCCCCGUCCCUAAUGCCCCCCAUCCUGGGGGUCUGCAGGGAUGGGGCGUGAAGGGGUUCUUGCCCCCAGAUACAUGGAGACUGGGGGAAAGCAGCUCGGGCUGGGCGGCCAGCCUUGCCCAAGAUGGUUGGCCACAACUCCCCCCCACCUCCUAACUGGGCGAUGGACCUCAACUUCCAGAUCUGUUCUUUGUUUGCGGGGUGA